UUACAGGGGAGAAGGAGCCUUUGAAGGGAAGGAGCAGGGCUUUUUCCCAGGCCCAUCGCCCACGUCUCCUCAUUCCCUUACCCCGCUGGGCACGGACUGUGUGCUUCAUAGCUGCUAUUUCCCCCUCCACCCCCUCCCCCAAACAAAAGUCUGUGCUGUUGCUUAAAGCCAGUGUGUAAAGGAGAGCGUUACGGGUUGUCUGUCCAUGUUGCACGGUAACUUGCGUAUUCAUGUGUGCAGAGGCAACUUGAGUUCUUGAUCUGUGGGCCUGGUGUGUUUCUCAUCCAUCAGCAUGGAAGAUGAUGUAUAUAACCAAAUUUAUUUUCAAAUUUCAGCUUGUGUUGUUGGCUCUGUACUGACUUGAGCAUUUGCCUUUACCGAUCCCAGAAGCUACUCCCAGGAAGGCCAGCUUUAAUAGAGAGUGGGAGGGCUUUGGCCCCAUGUAAUAUUUGUGUACUAACUGUAGGGCUGAUGGGUGUAGGACUGUCUCUGUAAGCCACGAAUGUGUAAUAUCAAGGCUAGUACUGCUUUUUUUAAGCAGUGCUGUGUGUGAAGAAGUGAAGGCAAUAAAUACAUAAGUAGAUACCGUCUGUACUAGUACUUCGAGGCUAUCUAGAAGUGUUAACCUGUUCCUCCUGCCUUCAGGCUGGAAUGUUGUUGUCAUAAAGGAGAAAAAUCCCACCACAUGCUGAGAAUGUCACCGCCACAUUGGGGAAUUAAUCUUUGAUACUUAUUUUCAGCAAAAUAUUAACAGAUUCAAUGGCCAGGAUGAGACAUGUGCCCUUGUGGUCUCUGACUUUCCUCCUGCUGGCCUGUCUGCCAUCAGAAACUGAUGCUCUGGCUGUGAUGUCCGUGGACCUGGGCAGUGAGUCAAUGAAGAUAGCAAUUGUAAAACCUGGGGUGCCCAUGGAAAUCGUUUUAAACAAAGAGUCACAGAGGAAAACGCCAGUGACUGUAGCCCUGAAAGAAAAUGAGCGUCUCUUUGGCGAUAGCGCCAUGGGAAUGUCCAUAAAGAACCCGAAGAUAGCACUCCGGUAUUUUCAGGACCUGCUGGGUAAACACAUAGAUAACCCCCAAGUGACACUGUACCGUUGGCGCUUCCCACAACACGAGCUGGUAAAGGAUGAGAGAAGACAGACGGUUAUCUUCAAACUGUCCCAUGAAAUGCAGUAUUCUCCAGAAGAGAUACUGGCCAUGGUACUGAACUAUUCGCGUGGUCUGGCUGAGGAAUUUGCAGAACAACCCGUAAAGGAUGCAGUGAUCACGGUCCCUGUAUACUUCAAUCAGGCGGAGAGGAGGGCAGUCCUGCAUGCAGCUCAGAUGGCAGACCUGAAGGUCCUGCAGCUGAUCAAUGACAACACUGCUGUGGCUUUGAACUAUGGGGUCUUCAGGAGGAAGGACAUCAAUGCCACAGCACAGAAUAUCAUGUUUUAUGACAUGGGAGCAGGAAGCACCGUGUGUACGAUAGUGACUUAUCAGACAGUGAAAACGAAGGACUCGGGGACCCAGCCUCAGCUGCAGAUUCGGGGGGUCGGAUUCGACCGCACCCUAGGGGGACUGGAGAUGGAGUACCGGCUCCGGGAUUACCUGGUGAAACUCUUCAACAAGCAGCAGCCUUCGAAAGAUGUUCGGCAGAAUCUCCGGGCCAUGGCCAAGCUGCUAAAGGAGGCCAACCGCCUGAAAACUAUCCUGAGUGCUAAUGCUGACCAUGCAGCCCAGAUUGAGGGGCUACUGGAUGACGUGGACUUCAAGGCCAAGGUCUCCAGGCAAGAGUUUGAGGACUUGUGCUCUGACUUAUUCCAGCGGGUCCCAGGGCCUGUGCUACAGGCACUGAGCAGUGCAGAGAUGAACCUGGAUGAAAUCGAUCAGGUGAUUCUAGUGGGAGGUGCCACCCGAGUCCCUAAAGUGCAGGAGGUUUUGCUGAAAGCCGUGGGCAAAGAUGAACUGGGAAAGAACAUCAAUGCAGACGAGGCUGCUGCUAUGGGUGCAGUCUACCAGGCAGCUGCUCUGAGCAAAGCCUUUAAAGUCAAACCCUUCAUUGUUCGGGAUGCAGCUAUUUUCCCCAUCCAGGUGGAGUUCACCCGUGAAGUUGAGGAGCAGGAUAAAUCCAAGAGCUUGAAGCACAACAAGCGAAUUUUGUUUCAGCGCAUGGCACCAUAUCCACAGCGCAAGGUCAUCACCUUCAACCGCUACACGGAUGACUUUGAAUUCUAUGUCAACUACGGAGACUUGGCUUUCCUGAGCCAGGAUGACCUGCAAGCCUUUGGGUCCUUAAAUCUCACCACUGUGAAGCUGAGAGGAGUUGGGGAUAGUUUCAGGAAGCACUCGGAUUAUGAGUCCAAAGGCAUCAAAGCUCACUUCAAUAUGGAUGAGAGCGGAGUGCUUAGCCUUGACCAGGUUGAAUCUGUGUUUGAAACUGUAGUGGAGGACAAGCCAGAGGAGGAGUCAACGUUAACAAAACUUGGAAACACAAUCUCUAGCCUGUUUGGAGGAGGAGGUCCUACACUGGAAAUGGGAGAGAACCUGACAGAGACUGUUCAGGAGGAAGAGGAGAGCCAGGCAGAAGCAGGAAAAGAAGAUCAGGGGGAGAAACAGGACCAGAAGGAGGGAGAAGGAACAGUGAGUGAGGAACAGGGAGAAGAGAAGCAGCAGCCAUCUCCAAUGCAGGAUAAAACAGAAACUAUCCCUCCAGAAGCAGAGAGACAGGAGGAAAAGGAGGAAGGAGAAAAAACAGCAUCUCAGGAUCCCAAAGAAAAGGAAGAAUCCGGGAAAGAGGAAGAAGUGUCCAAAAGUCCUGGUGACAGCACAGCCACCAAAAUGGAAGAGAAGAAACUCAAAGUCCCAAAGAAGCAGAAACUCGUGGAUGAGAUUAGUGUGGAGUUGGAUGUCCGUGAUGUUCUUGACCUGCUGGAGGAGGAGUUGAAGAGCUCAGUGAAGAAACUCCAGGAUCUGACAGUCAGAGACUUAGAGAAGCAGGAGAGGGAAAAGUCAGCCAAUAGCCUGGAGGCAUUCAUCUUUGAGACCCAGGACAAGCUUUACCAGGAGGAAUAUCAGUUUGUCUCAACAGAGGAGCAGAGAGGGGAAAUCUCAAGAAAACUGAGUGAAGCUUCCAACUGGAUGGAGGAGGAGGGCUACAGAGCCACGACUAAGGAACUGAAAGAGAAGCUGUCUGAGCUGAAGAAACUCUGCAGGAGCCUUUUCUUCCGUGUGGAAGAAAGAAGGAAAUGGCCAGACCGCCUGAAUGCCCUCGAAAAUCUCCUCAAUCACUCCAACAUCUUCCUCAAGGGAGCACGAAUGAUUCCAGAGGCUGAUCAGAUAUUCACAGAGGUGGAACUGAGUACCCUAGAGAAAGCAAUCAAUGAAACUGUGACUUGGAAAAACGAGACACUGGCAGAACAGAAUAAACUUCCUCCCACUGAGAAGCCCACCCUGCUGUCCAAGGACAUAGAGCUGAAGAUAGCAGCCCUGGAUAGGGAGGUGCAGUAUCUACUGAACAAGGCAAAGUUUGCAAAACCCAGACCCAAGAAGGAAAAGAAUACCACAAAAACGGAUUCAGGCAAGAAUGCCACAGCUCCCCCCGACAGCGAGAAGAUUAUCCCUCCCAAGGAGGAGAAAGGAGAAGAUAAACGUGAAGAUGUCAGUCCAGUCAGGGAACCUCCCAUAAUCGAGGAAGCAACACUAGGUGAUCAGUCUGGACCGGACACAGAACCUGAGAGUGAGAAGAAGCCAGAAGCUAGAGAAGAGAGCAGGACGAAUGAUGAAUUAUAACAUCCCUUGAAAUUUCUUCUACCAUCACAUCUAUUUAUUUAACAGGUUUUUUUUAUAAUGGAUCCAUUUAGUUUCAUGUUAAAUGGAACAUGACAAACAGGCUGACAACAAAAUGCAAUAGAGAUGUACAUUUUUUUUCUCUUUUCUCCUGGGAAUUUCACUGUUAAUUUUAGUGAGUGAGUUUUGUUUUUUUGUCUUUGUCUUUUCAUGUGUUUAAAGAUGACCAUGUGCUCACUGAAGACUCUGAGUUCCAGUACAGUCCAAUUGAAGUCACCAGAAGUGGCUUUUGUUUUUGUAAAUUAAAACAGUGAAAAAAGCCUGUAAGAUUUAGGAAAUAAUUUGGCACGAACACUCUGGGCCAUGCCCAUCUGGUGAGGAUGAAGGUGUUCAAGUAUCCCAGAAACAUGUCACGGAGUUCUUUGCAAGAGGUACUGAAUGAGGGAAACAGGAUGCUCUGGCCAACAGGAAGUAUAUUUCACUUCUCCAUGCAUCAAAAUGAGAAUAGAAUUUGGUGGGAAGGGACACCAUGCCUUAGGAUGAGGAUUUCUGUUCGUUUUUCAUUAGACUAGUGCUGCUAAAGCCAUCUCUUUGCACUUAGUUCUGUGUCAGGCAGAAUUUAGCAUCAGGGAACAGGGACCUAAAGGAAGAUGUUGGGAUUUUAGUUCAAAGUUUAAAUAUAAAAUAAAAGGACCAUAAAUUGCUAUUUGGAACACUAGAAAUAUGAAAGAGUAUUUGAUGGUGAAUCUCUGACUGCAACCAGAACAGCAAAUGGGAAUAGGGUUUUAGAUGAGGCAGCACAGAAUGAUGAAAACUGGAAAAUCUAUUCUUGUUAACCGUCUCCCCCAGUGUCUUGUGAAAUCAGACUGACUUUGCUGUGAAACCUCUUGUCUUCAGUGAUGGUCUCAUAUCUUUUUGGAAACAUUCAUGCUGCUAAAACACAUCAGUGAGAUCCUGACCUACUUCAUAUGCAAGCCCUUGUGAAUGUGCAUCUUACAUUGGUCUCCAUUGGCCCAUUCAACCAAAAUAAAAAAAUAAUCUUCCUGACAUUCUCUUUAAAAUGCUUUUGUCUGGUUUGGAAAUUAGUUUAGGGAAUUCCUUAAACUUUCUCUGACUUAUUUACAUUACAGUUCAGAGCUCUAGUCCCUCCCAACACUACCCAGCAGCUAUAUGUUUUUGAAGAUCACAGUGCUAUCAGUGAAUCAGUCAGGGUGCUUUUCUCAGUACUACUGCUUUUCCAAGCCCAAACAGAACUUCCACUAACCAUUCAGAUUUGUGGAUUUUUAGUGUAGCUUUUCCUCUCUUAUGGCGCAAUCUCUCACUCAAGAGCAGAUAAGCAGAGAAAACACAUUGUCUCAAGGGUUUUGCACCCCACUGCUGGUGUUGCAAAUCAGCGUGAACAGGCUUCCUCCUGAGUCUUGUCUCAUGCAUCUAGACAGCACGAAGUACAGAUAACUGGACCUUCCAAUGCUCCCUGCCCAGGGCCACUCUCAGGAUGAACUCUGUUCUUAUAAGUAAACUCAUUUGCACAAUUAAAUUUGGUUUUGCUGUCUUCUGAAGUCUUAUUUUCCUCUACUGUAACCAAAUUCCUCCUCCUCCCUAAUCAACCCACGCUCCUCUCAAAAGCUAGGACCCACUUCUCUUUUCUUAGAGGGACUGCAAUUUUCCCAUCCUCCUACCUUGAACUGUGUCAUACUGCUCUUCUAUCCAGGAGAGGUUUCUCUGCCGUCACCAAUACCAUCUUUCACAGCAUCUACACAGCAAGCUACUGAGUGGAAACAAAAAUCUUCCAACUUCUUGGCGCACCAGAGAGCGAGCCCAGAAACUUCUCCAUAAUACAUCUGUGGAGUUCAGACACCACGAGACAGCCUUUUAGCCUAUCCCUUCCAUCUCUGAUCACGUACUCCCUUGACUCCCAGUAACAUGCUGCAUUCAGUUCCAUCUCAUAACAUUGAGUCAAACUGCACUGGCUCCCUGAGAAUGUCACUGCAGACAGGAGACUGCUGCAGUGGGAAGUUUAACUUAAUUAUCUAAGUUGGUUAAUAGCACUUGAAUACUGAAGUUUUCCUUUCAAAAAGCAGAAGGGCAAUCAUGCUGGAGUUGAAAUAAGUAUACCUAGGGUGUGGUUAUGGAUGUUUGUGGCCCUUCUGUGGUCCUUGCAUCAAAAGACAUCAAAUCUUCCUUUGGAUGAAAUCUCAUCCCAUCAAGCUGCAUAUAUAAUGACCUCUGCAGUCUGAUCCUUGGUAGCAGGCUUCUAGUCUCAUUAAUGUUGGCCCUCAAUGGUAGUGGUAGGGAAGUUUUGUGGAUACUGUUCUGAAUUGCUGGAAGUCCAUCUGUAUUAGUGUUGUCUGCAAAUGUCUUCUGACAGUCUUUCACCCUGUGCCUGGAGUCAGCCCUUUGUAACAGGGAUGAAUAAACUAAUAACUGCUCUGGAUGCUCAUUACAACAUAAUACUAUUUUUCCCUUGGCAUUGCAUUUCCCUGUUGUUUCUCAACUGUUUACAUUUGUGUGGUGAUUGUCAAAAAUGCCUCUUGUUUGUAAAGACAGUAGCUGAGCUUUCCGCUUCUGCCAUUGAGUAUGAUGGCCCAAGAAUAGGUUAAAUUCACCUUUUGGGGGCUAGGGAGUGGAGCUGUAGUGGGAUUUGCAGAACAUUUUAGAAGUUGGUUAUGAUCUGACUUUAGCUGCAGGAUUCAUGAUGCUCUGCCCGCAGCAGUGUAUACUCAGUGAUGGGGGAUAACAGCAGGGUAGUUACAGUAUGGAAGACUAAUCUGACGGAAUUGUGCCUUUUGGGUGAACAGAUGACAGUAUGGGCCACAAAAGGUCAUGUUCUUCCCUCAGAUACACGUUUGCCUGAGAAGAAUGUGACUUUCUGUGGUAGAGCUUGUUGGCCCAUCUUCUAACCCUGACUUUCUAAGAACAGUUAAAAACAGAAACAUCAAGUGAAGUAAAAACUGAUGGAUUCACGUGCUCAGUGCUGAAGUUCUUAUAAAGUUAAAUCUCCUGUGGAGUGUCGCAUGUAUAGGCUGCAAGAUCAGAAAGCUUAUCUGGAUGGGAGAAAAGACAGUUUAGAAAAAACCAUUUUUAAUUAGAAAUUUAUCUCAUCACCAUCUUCCUCCUCCACUAGAAUUGUACACACUAUAGACGUGAUUAAGGCAGCAAUUUUUUGCAUGCUUGGUCUUGUCUUUGUUAAAUUGUGUGGUUUAUUGAUUGAAAUUCUUAGAUGUGCAGAAUUGAAAAGAUUAAACACAAACAACAAGCCAGUUAGUUUUGCAAAUCUCAGUGUUGACCAGAAUGUGCAUUCUACUGUGACUCUUGAAAAACCAGCCUGAAUCACAUGCAAAGUUUUAAAUAUUCAACAUUCCUGGAAACUUUUUUUAAGGUGUUCCCCUCCUCAAAGGUGGGGUGGCUGGCCUUAGCCCUGAUUCCUCUCUUAUGGCAGUGAAGAUUGUCUCUCCUUUUUCACCUUCACUGGUGUGAACUACCUAAAACAGAACCAAGCCCAACCCAGCUGAUAUUUUGGGUUCAUAUCAAGUACUGCUACACCACACCCCCAUCGGUUCAAAGAUUUGCAGCGUUGUGUAUGUAUGGAAUUUUUUUAUUUUUCUUUGCCACGUUGGUGGACACUCAGCCCUAAAGUCCUAAUUCUUUUCCUUUCUAUUAGCAUUUCAGGUACUUGUUUGUACUGAAGUUUUGGUCAGUUAACUUUUUUUUUCCACAUGGGAGGGAAGGGGCAAACUAAUUCCGUCGAAAUGUACUUGCUCCAUUGUUGUUAAAUGGUUUCAAUAAACUUGCUUUUCUACAA